UCCCCGCACGCGUGCCGUCUGUGAAACGUUCAGAGCUCAUGAUUUGUGGGGACAGGACAGGUGGUGGCCUUACAUGAGAUAUGCAAACCUGGGGAUAAGGCUUCAUAUUGGAUUAGGGAGCUCUAGCUGCCUUGCAGACUUCGAGAAGACAGUUGGCCCCAUUUGGUUGUAUAUGCAAAGGAUCACCAUCCAGCACAAUGUCAGACAAGACAACAUCUGGAAUUUUUAAGUAUUUGUUUGACCAAAACCGCCCUUAUAGUGUCACAGAUAUUCACAUGAAUCUUCACAAGGAAUAUGGGAAAACUGCUAUUCAAAAAAGUUUAGACACAUUAGUUGAGGAAAGGAAAGUGCUGGAAAAAGUGUAUGGAAAACAGAAGGUAUAUGUUGUAAAUCAGGAGUUGCAUCCCAAGGUGGAAGAAUCUGAAUUGCGAAGCAUGGACGCAAGAAUUGCACAGCUGACUUCAGAGCUAACUGGAGAAGGACUAGCAUUGCGGGAAGCUGAGGGCAAGCUGAAAGCUCUAACCAGCAGCCUUACGUCAGCACAGGCCAAGCAGGCACUAGUGGAGUGCGAGGACGACAUCCGCGAGAAGACUGAGAAGUUAAGUCAGUUGAAAAAAUUGUCCGGUAACGUAACAGCUGAUGACAGACGGCGGGUGCAAGACCAACACCGGAAGUCGCUUGGGGAGUGGAGGAAGCGGAAACGCAUUACCAACGACAUCGUCGACGCCAUCAUGGAGGGCUAUCCGAAGAAGAAAAAAGAUCUGUACGAGGAGGUCGGUCUGGAAACAGAUCAAGAUGUGGGCGUUACACUGCCAUCGUGAAGAUGCAGCUGUGUGUGCUUGCAGGUACUAGCACACUGUUUCUGGAGUUUAAGCGUUGUUUUUGUGUUUGUGAUAAAUGAUGAACUGUGAAAUCGCCUUGAAAUGUCAGCGUAGGUGCACGUUUUG